AUGCGAAGGCUCCCGAAGCCGCAACAGCACCACCAGGCGUUUCCCGCAGAGGGCCGCUCUUCAGAGGCACGAGGAGACAGGAAGGCGGUCUCGCCGUUCGAGGCCGUGAGCCAGAGGCCAGCCGAAGCGGUUGUGCGCGGCAAGCGGGAGAAGACGCAGGACGCUGAACACGCAGAAGAAGCCACUGGAGGACCCGAUCUCUUCUCACCCGCUCAGCUGGAGUUCGUGGAGAGCCUGAUUGGCAUUCUCCUCGUCGCGCUACGAUGGAAACCUUCUCGCGUCUCUGCUCUGGAACACAGUGGGCCUACCUGCAACUUCCCUCCUCACUUCAGUCGUUUUCCUGCGUCUUUCGCCUGUUGGGUCUCCGCCUCCUCUUCUGCCUCCUGUGCUCCACAACGGCCCGGCUUCUGUCUCGAAGAAAGCGCAGAAAAGCGGUCAGAGACCAGCCUCGAGGGCGGUGAGGCCAACCACGCAAGCAGUCCUCAGCAGGGCCAGCGCAGCCAGCGUUGUCGGCCUUUUCGGAGACGGGAUGGCCAUGAGGAAACAGCAGCUUCGACGAUCAAGGAAGGCAGUGGAAGAGAGAGAGAGACUCACGCGCUGACGGUGGUGCAUGCGAAUCCCUGUCGCACCGAGAGAAGCGACAGAGAUGCGGGCCAGGGCAGGUGGGCUGAAGCGCCGGGAAGCACCCUGCGGAACAGAUCGGCCGAUCGACAGAAAGAGAGGAAGGAGUAUGAGGCUGAUGCCGACAGAACAGAGAAGCGUGCAUGCGAAGGAAAUCCCGGACCUCGUGAGGGAGACGCAGAAGAAACUGAAGCCUCUGUGAGUUCGAAAAGCAGAGCAAGUGGCGCCGAUGGAGCUUCAGCAUGGAAUCACUUUGUCCUGUCCCCUUGUGGGGAGAACGUGAAAGGCCAGAGUUCUCGCUGGAACGCGAAUCCAGAAGGCAGCGAAAGAAAUGGCUGCGAGACAGACGCGUGCGUGGAAGACGGAAUCAGCGGAAUGCGGUUGCUACCUGGCCAGGACGAAGAUGAAACGUCCGGAGACAAAAAGGGAGAAACAGACACACUCUCCAAAAAGGGUGGAAGAGGACGCCGCGAAUACGAGUUGAGCCCAGACGUCCCCUCGCUGCUGCUUGACCUCUUCAUCAGAAACGCGCUUUGGCGGGAGCGGCGAAAGGCCUUCGCUUGUCUGAACGGACGGCUCAUUCGGGUCGCGCCAUUCUUUGCCUUUCUGCUUCUAGACGCGGAAGUGGACGACCUCUGGACUCAGGCGAGAGGGGCAAAGUAUCGCUCGGCUUCGCCAGAGUCGCCUCCGUCAUUCGCAGCUGCUGGCGGCUCCCGUGGAAAUUUUGCGCGUCCUUCUUCUCCUCGCGUGCUCGCCACUUGGGCCUCUACUUGCGGUUCGGCUGCUUCUUUUUCGGCUUCUUUCGCGUCCUCGCGAACACCCGUCAAACCACCUGCGUUUUCGCCAUCGUCCCGCGAGCGCCUGCGAAGAACCUUGAACCUCGCCCUGGAGCUCUGCCUUUACAUUUCCAGAGAGGCGUUGACCUCCGCGCUUCGCGUUCUGCUUUUGCCUCUGUCUAUCGGCCAAGUGUCGCGUCUCCUCUUCCUCGCCGCCUUCCCUCCCUUCAUGGCAACCGGCUGCCCGUUCCCGGAGCUGCAAGCGCCCGGCUCCGUCGAGCGAGGAGCCGCGCGCAGCCCCACAGAGGCUCAACCGGCAAAGCCAGCGAAGGAACGGAAGGCCAAGCAGCGCGGAUGUGAACCACAGGACGCAGCUUACAAAGCGCUGAGUCAAGAGAUGAACCAGAUUGAGACUGGCCAACGUGCGAAACGAAGCGCCGGAGAUUCCGCGCCAUCUCUUUUGCGGCGACUGUUUCGCCUUCACGAUAAAGAAACCAAGAGUUCCCUUGCACAGGACGCCGCGUCGGAAGACGCCUCUGUCGAGGUCGCAAUUGGCCGCACCGCGUGUAGCUUCCCCCAGAGUUCUCCACAUACGUCAGGAGGAGAUCCGUCGGCCUCGCCUCCCGAAAUGGCUUCGCAUUCGCCUCUUUCAGCUUCUGACUCUUUGGACGAGGCAAGGACUGCCACGACCGUUUUGUCUCCACCGGUCUCUUUGCCCCCAGCUGUCUCUUCUUCGUCCUCCUCGCCUUUCAACCUGGCGCUUCUUCAAUGCUGGACCGAAUGCCGCGAUAUCGGAGCCGAGGUCUUGUCCGCCUGUGGGGACUUGAUCGCGAAUCUGAACCAGGCACACCCAACCUUUCUUUUUGCAGUUUCGUCGCCACCGUAUUCUCCAUCUUCUCUCUCUCCUUCUCGUUCUCCUCGCUCAUCUCGGUCACCUUCUCCCUUCUGUACGUCGUCCAGAGUCUCUUCCAUUGAUUUGCCCUCGUUCUCGAGUUCUGCUGCUCCCUCGCCUUCGUGUGCCUCUUUGCUUCCGUCCGCUGCCUGUUCUCUCUGCGCUGCGCCUCGGUGGUCGUCAGCUCCGAUGGCCUCCUCUCAUCGCUGGGCAGCCUCUGCGGCGGAGCAUGACGCGCCUCGCGGCUGCAUGCACCGCGAAACGGGAGCGCGAACGGAGCUCCAACCGAGGGCCGACGAGAGGGGAUGUGAGUCGGCCGAAGACGACUUGCGAAGGCAGCAGGAAAGGGAAAUGCAUCUCCUUCUUUCUUGCUUUUCGCAUGCACUCAGCUGCGUCUUUCGUCUCGAGCCCAAGCGAGCGAAGAAGAACCUAAACGAGUUGCGGGAAGCCGCAGGCGACCCCAGCUUGACAACUCGGCGCCAAGACAGCGCCGCGAAGUCCCAAGAGACAGAACGUGGAGGAACGCACCAGCGCAAUAAGGCGGUCGAAGCAAUAGGAGAGAAGGCAGGCUGCAGCAGAGUCAGCGGCCCGCCACCCUAUAUGCCAUGGCAGGCGACGAAGCUCACGCCCAGCCAAGACAAUAAGCGACGCGCUGCUGAAACGUCUGGAGAAGGGAGCACAGGGAAAGUCGAUCCUGAACCAGCUCCACACGACAGAGACGGCAUCAAUGCCGACGGCCUGGGUAGCGUAUGCAUGCAAGGCCGCUGCGACCUCGGCAAUGCGCAGGCUUCUUCCUGGCUCUCUGAGGAGACUCCGGUUCAGCAAGUCUUUCCUCUUCUUCUCUCUCUGCCCUUUCGAUGCGCCUCACUGUCCCCCCCAAACCUCUGGGUGACCUUGGCGCAUCCUGCAAAUCCUCCCGUCUUCCGUCUCUCGCUUCGGACUGUUUGCCCGGCUUUUGUCACUUCGUCUUCGUCUUCAGCGGUCACCCAUCCUCCCCCCUCGCGUUCCGCCUCACUCUUUUGGAAACGUCCGGCUUCCCCGGGCUGUGGAGCGCGGCCAGGCGCAUGCGUGCCAGCGCGCCUCAACGCGACGCUCCUUCAUGCAGAACCAGGCUGGCAGGCCGUCAGUUCUUCGCGGACAGACUCGACGCCCUCGUCUCCCUACACCUCCUCGUGGUCGAGUUCCGCGCCUCGGCGUCGUCCCUUCCGACGUGAGUGCUGUGACUGCGAGGAUUUGUCUCCUCACGAGGAAGCAGCGGCGCGCGCCAGAGAGAGAGCCAGAGGGAGGCCGAACGGGAGCGCAGGCGUCGGAGCAAGAGAGACACCAAAAGAGAGCACAAGGAGGCGAGCAAGAGCAAGGACAAGGCAGAGGUCAAGAGACAGGGCCAGAAGGAGAGCCAGCCAGAGAAUAACGGAGGACAUGAAAGUCGAACAAGGGGAAUGGCACGAAGAGGAGGGGAUGAUCCCCGCAAUAGGAGGGAAAACUCGAGGUGUGACGUCGUCUCUUGGGAUGUCCCGAGAGGCUUCGGAGAGCGCCGGAGAGCAGCCUUGCAUGCGGCGAGAGCUCGGGCGCUGCGAGCUGCAAGGUAUCAAGCGAGCGACGAACUGGAGGACGCUGGGUCCGGCUCGCCUUUCAGCCAGACCGUCAGGGUCCCCUUGCGAAAACGAAACGCAUGCAGCCACACAAACACAGAAAGGAGAUCCUACCCCACGCAGAGAGCUUCAAACCACCAGACGACGAGAGAGAAAGGCCGGAUCGCUGCGGAACGCCGCAGCCGAGGGAGGCGUCGACAAAGAGGAAAAAGAUUUGAGUGAGCAGGGUCAGACGGCUUUGGCCCAUCGCGAAGACGUGACGUCUCUUGGUGUCUCUUUCCCUCCCCGCUUCUCUUCGUCUGGAACCUCCCCGUCGUCGAUACCCCACCUCGCCUUUCUGUUGUCGCCGCGCUUGGCAGCCAAGCCGGGUCCCUCAGGGCGAACGCCAGGCCUAGAGAAAGCAGGUCGGCUGCAUGCGAGGCACCCGAGGCCGAGCGCGAACGUGAAGAGACUUCUCAUGUCUCUCUCGCUGGCCUGCCGUAUUUUCCGACGCCAGGUGGAAGCGAUGGAGGAAGCGGCGCGGCGCUGCAGGUACCAGGCGAAAAAGCUUGUGGAGUCAGAGUCUCUGACACGGAGCGAGGGGAGAGACAGCGAAAGCGAGAGCGACCGUGAUGCAGAGCAACGCGACCCCAGUCGAGAAGAAAAGAGAGGAAAGGACGCCACCAGAAACGCCGGAGAGGAGACGGAAACGGAGGCGAGCUUCGUGAGACAGCGGUGGACACAGGAGGAUUCGUCGCGCGUCUGUUUUUCGAGUUCCGGUUCCCCUUCGUCUUCUCUGCAUGUGCCGCCUUCUCACACGUCCUUGUCUCCUUUGUCUGCUGACUGGGCGUCGGAGUUCCGUUGGCCUUCUUCUCCGACUUCCGGUGUCCUACCUUCGCGCUCAUCAGGACACCGACGGAUUGCAUUCCCUCGGUCUGCUAAUGCCCCCUCACCUUUGCUCGCGCGGUCGUCGCCGCUCUUGGCGAUCUCCUCUAGAAUUGUUGCGUCGCUUCUCAUCCUCGAAACCCUCAUUUGCCAGGUCUGCGCCCCGAGGCACAGCACGCGCAUGCCAGUCUCCCCCUUCCAGCGAGGCCCUGGGGGACAGACAGAGGCCGCAAGCAGCGCGGGAGCACAGCCUUCACGACGCGAACCGGGUGUGACAAGAGGGAGUCCGACGACUGACGAGGAAAUCAUGGAAAUCCUCCAGUUACUUAUUUGCACCCCCGUGCUGCCUGAAGGCUCUGUUCGCUCGCUGUAUUGCCAGUUCUCCACGCAAGAAAAAGCGGAGCUUCUGAGAGAUGCGUUUGGUCAGUCGCCUCGCCCCAAGCCGGUUCCCCCUUCGUCCUCCUCGGGGAAUUCUCUUUCUGCUUCUCCCCGUCCUUCGCGUUCGCCUCUCUCGCCUUCGCCUCUCUCGCGCUCCCCUCCGACCUCCGUCGGACCUCAGUCUCUGCCUAGCCGUCCUUCAUGCUCUGGUGCCAGCAUGUGCUCCCUAGGCUGCUGCGUCGAGCCUCUCUUGGCGCCGGGACUGGUCGGCGAGUCGACCGCCGAGACGAACAGGCGACGAGGAGGCAGACGCAACAAAAGACACGAGGCAGGAGGCGGACGACGCCUCCGCCGUGUAGCUCGCGACCCAGGCGCCGAAGGAGGACUCGAGAGACAGCGGAGAAGUGAGAGACGGGAGGCGCCAUGGGUGGACCCAGCCAGGCCAAGCGAAGGGCGCCGAAGUCGCGGAAGAACUCUUGCUCGCCGAGGAAACGUAGCCGGAGUCUGUGCCCCCGGCUUCUUCUGGGACUGGGAUCCACAUGAGGAGACGCCUGUCCUCGUGCGGAGACCAGCCGCAGGAAGCGGAGAGACAGUUUGGUCCUCUUGCUCUCGCUGUCCUUUCCCCUUGUGCUCUGCUGCGCUCCUGGUCUCUGGCCUGUCACCUUCGUCUCCGUUCCCUGACGAGUUCGCCGAGUGCCUCUCUGCUUCACGCACUUCUCCGUCGCCCCCCGACCUUCUCGAGUCGUCUUCGUUCUGGUGGCGCAGCCCUCGGUCAUGUUCGUCUCCCUCCACAGCGCCGGCGAGAGAGGCGAAGGCUUUCCGUGCUUCUCGCCCGGUGCCUCUGGCCUUCGUAGUUCACUGGCUCCUCCUCCAGGCAUCUCGAGUUGUCCGUCGACUUUCGACUCCCUUCUCCACUCUGGCGCUCGCUUCGUUGGGGGAUCCUGCGUCGCGUUCUCUCCCCGUGCGCCUUCGUCGGAUCCCUUCCCCUCCACCUCGAGUUUCCCCGUUUCCUCCUCUUCGAACCUCAGUUCGAGGUCUUUGCCGUUCCCCGCCGCCGUCGCUUCCCCGUCCGCAUGCACCAUCGCUCGACGCUGUCGUGGAUCUGCUGCUUCAUCCCGAGGCACCACUCGCGCGCCUUCUGCCCCUCGUACGCGCGCUGCACAUUGACCCAAUGGACGCCUUUUCUUUCGCUGUCCUUCUGCGGCGCGCGAUCGCAGGCAUCCGCAUCUUUGUGCCGCUCCAGCAGUUGCUUCCUCUGCCGCGCUUCGUGGACGCGCCUUCCGCGUUUCUCGCUCUAACUCGUGACGCCUCGGCUGGCGUUCAACCGGUCUCUGGAAAGUCCUUCAGGGCGGCGCCUCCCUCCCUUUCUUCUACGAUCGCGUCUCGUUCUCCCUCACGUUCCGCCUCGCCUGCGACUCGCGGCACAUUCUCUCGUCCCGAUGUCUUCGGACCGAGCAAUCCGCGUCUUCCUGCCGCCGGCCUGCCGAGAAAUCAGGAACGCGCUUCUCUCUCUCCGCCCCUCGGUGUUGUCGUCACCGUCCUUCUUCCAGAAUUGCUUUCUCGCUUUGAUGUGGGCGCAUGGAGGGCCGGCCUGCUGGAGGGCAGGACGGGCACGGUGGGACCUUCGCGUCAACGCGAACGCCAGCGAAAGCCGAGAAUCCGAGACGCGAAGGGUGAGAUCCAGAACGCGGAGGGCGCUUCACGAGUGGACGUAAAAUUCGCGACAAAAACAGACACCGACGGACGCGACGAGAAGGCAGGAGGCCACAAGACAGAGGCGGGCACGCACUCUGAGGCGCAGACGCGCUUUAAAGCGGAGACGCGGAACCAGAACGGAAACUCCAGCAGAGCCCCUCAAGAUAACGCACGCGAGAGGCCAUCGGAACGGAGGAGUCUCCCGCAUCGUCGAGGAAACGAGGAAAUGAGAACACUGCUCGUUGACAUGUCCAUGCUUCUUCUGCAUGUCACGCUCAGCCUCGCAGUGGCGCGGGCGCGAGGAAGAGACUUUGGGUCCUCAGACGCGCCGAACGAUCGCUUCGAAGAUGUCAAAAGAGGGCAUCGAUUCUCAAGUCCCUUUGGCGUCUUUCUCGCUUCAAAAGAACGUUCCACGCACCCCGGCACAUGCAUCACGCCUUCUCUCUCCCCUUGUCUUUCCGCUGAAUACUGUCCACGUUCCUCCCUCCCGACGCCUGUCUCGCCCGCGUAUCCAGAAGCCUUCGUUUAUCUCUCUGCUAUGCCUCCUUGGCGUACUCCCCUCUCAGUCUCCUCGAACUUGACUUCCGCAGCGUUGACAUCUUCACCUGCUGCUCUCUCUCCUGCUCCCCCGGCCGUCGUGAGCGAGACGUUUCUGUACACCGAGGAAACAUACAGCGUUUCUCUCAAGCUUUUUCUCUCGUUGUUUAUCGGCGACGCAUGCGUGUCUCCAACUCUCGCUUCCACGCACCUCGAAGCUUCUGCGCCGCACUCAUCCCGAUCGGUGUCUCUCCAGCCCGUCGCGGCGUCUCGUGAACUUUCGUCUGCUCUUCUCCUCUCUCUGCUUCCGCUUCUUCUCUCCCACGCGCUCCCUUGUUCCCUCUUCGAUCCGGGCUUCCCAGUUGAGAUUCUUCGACUACUUCUUGGCUUCCUCAGGCGACCUCCCGACCAGGCGAUCGCAGCCGGGAACUCCACUCGGCCCUCGAUCGCUCUGUCUGGCGAAGCCACUUCAAAUCCCGCGCUCUCCUCUCCUUCUCUUUUUCACCCAGCAACGUCAGCCUGUGUCUCCGCUCCACGGGUCGCGAGUUCCGCGUCCUCGUCAGCGUCCUCGUCAGCGUCCUCUUCACCGUCCUCGUCAGCGUCCUCUUCACCGUCCUCGUCAGCAUCCUCGUCAGCGUCGGCCGCGUCCGGUUUCGCUGCUUUUCGGUCUCUUUCUCUGUUGCCUCGUGCGGACUCGACCGACGCCGCGCUUCCCACGGUUCCCCAGGUCCGGUCACUCUCUCGGUCGUCGGCCCUCUUCAUUCUUGCAGUCCUGGCUCGGGACGCCGCGCUGAAAACGAUGCUUUUUCAGAGCCGCAGAGACGCUUGCGUUGCGCGCGACUCAGCUCGCGAACGCCCGGGCGAAGCUCCAGACAACUUGUGGACCGGAGAGACUUCGCAGGCCGCGUCCACUGCUCCAGGCAAAUGCGACCAGAGCUGCGAGCAGGCGGCGACGAAGGUUGAGGACUUCGACCCCGCAGGCAAAAAUAUGAGAUGGAAAUUGCUUCACUCUUGGCAGAAGAGACAGAAGGCAGAAGCGGAUUCAGACACAGAGUCGCCCUCUGAAGGCCUGCGCGAGGGCAGCGAGCGAAGGCGCAUUCAGCGAAAGGUUUUUGUGUGUCUCCUCAUCCUUGCCCUUCGUCGCCUGGCGCCUCCAGAAAGGCUAGUCAGUGAGCGCAGCGCGAACGCGGGGAUGCAGGCUCGUUGGAAUAGAACAGCAGGGGACUGCCUGUCUCCACCCAGGCAUGUGGAAAUCGAAGCGAAAUAUACCUCACGCUGUGCCUCUUAUUUGUCGUCUCUCUGCAUGUCAAGGAGGCCGUGGGUGCUUCACUCUCCAGCUUGCGGUAUCCCUGUCUCGCCGACUCCAAGCAAACCAAAGCCUCACAAAGACGAGUCUCCGACCGAGCCCAUGUGCCGUCUCCUGGCGCGACUGCUGGCGUCUGUUCUGCUCUGGCGAGCCUGCGAAGAAGAGGAGGCAGCGCCGAUACAUGCUGGAUUCUCCGCGAGUGCAUGUGGAGCAUUUCCAGCCGAAACCGAGGCGAAGUUGAACAAGCACGAAGCUGCUUCUGGUAGCCAAGCGAGGCGAGACACGACGCGAGACUGCAUGUUGGAAGAGACAGUGUUCGAGAAACAAAUGAUCUCCGCAUGCGUUAUCUUUGGCCUCCGUCCCCUUUCCCCCAUCGACCUCAUGUACACGCUGGCGCUAGGGCUCCGCCAAAUCCUCCAGUCCGUUCUGUCUCGCUCUUCCAAAUCUCCAUCCUCUUCCGCCUCUGCUGCUGUCCGUCCCUCUGCUCCUCUCUGUUCCUCUCCUCCCGCCUCGUGGUAUAUCCCUUCCUCUUGCUUCUCCCCUUCUUCUCCCUCUCCGUCUUCUCUCUCUUCUUCUCCUCCCUUGUCUUCUUCCGCCUCCCCUUCGUCUCUGCCUUCCACUUCCUUCUCCUGUUCGCCUGCCUCUCUGUCUUCGCUCACUUCUUCUCCUCUCUCGUCUUCUCUCGCCUCUUCACUCUCUUCUUCUCUUCGCUCGAAUUCUUCUUCGUUCUCGGCCGCUUGUCCCUGGCACGAAGCAGCCGCGCCCGCGUCCUCGCAGGCACCUCCCUCGGUUGGCCGUGCAUCUCCGCUCUCCCGCUCCAAGGCAUGGGCGGUCUUUCCUGAGGCGGUUCGCCAAGCUCUCGAUCGCUGCGAGCUGCUCCUGAGCCUCGCCACUCACGCGCGUCGCGAGGAAGGCCGAAGGCGAACGCAAACGACAGAGGCGAAGCUCGACGCGCAGAUGCACUCCCCAGAGGCACGCGACGAUUCGCACCCGAGCCGCGAGGCGCGUGUAGAAGGCGCAACGCCCGUUUCUGUGAUUUCGCUUCUGCCCCCUCCUUCGGACGCAUUCCGCGCCGAAGACGAGGUGACCAGGACUCCGCAGCGGGCAACACUGAAAGCCAGCGAGAAAGCAAAAAGACGCCUGAUUCAGCAAGUCUGCAUGGCGCUCCUUCGCCUGCUUUCCCGGUAUCACAGCUGCCCGCCUGGCCCUGACGCGGGGCCGUCUGCUGCGCCGGCAUUUCCUCACAUCCAUGCGUUUCUUUUCAGGGGAUUUUCUGCGGUUCUCAACAAGUCACGCAUGCAAACGCAAACGCAUGCAUCCACUCUCCGGUCCUCGCCAGCGGCCUCGCGCUCCCGAUCUGGCUCCUCUCACUUCCCUGCCUCCGAGGCGCACUGGUCGCGACCAAACGCUUCUCUGUCUGCGUCUGUCAAGCGUGCAGCCUCCUCUCCCCUCGCCCUGGGUUCACUCUUCCGCCAUCGCUCCCGAGGAAAGACGCGUGCAUGCGCGCGGAAUCGAAGGCGUUUUGAUGCAAAGGGCAAAGAAUCGCUUGCGAAUGAGGGGCGCUUGUCCUCACGAAUGGGCUCUGACGCGCGGCCUCUUGACUCGCCGCAGCCGCGUUUCUCUCGAAGUCACUUCCCACGGUGUUCAACGACCGCAAGGGCAUCUCAGUUCGCGCCUGCCGCUGCUUCGAGUUCUGCGGCGUCUUCGUUUCCUUGUGUCGUCUCGGGGGCGCCUUCGCCUGUUUCACCGAUCGCCUCUUCGUCUGUCAACUUUGCUUCUUCCCCGAACGCCCGUACAGCGUCUCCAGCGAGGGCGUCUGCUUCUUGCGAGUCUUCUUUACCCUCCAUCUGCAGUGAGGGGCGACCUGACAGAACCGCCGUCGCCGGCAGAGGCCGGAAACGAAAGGCUCCCGACUCUCAGAGAGAGAGGCUCACCGAGCAGAUGCAACCUGCAAAAGGUCGCCGAAAUGGAGAGACGCAGAACGUCUUCGUUCCGAGUUACAGUCACCUCAGUUCGUCCUCGCUCUUUGACUUGUCUCCCUCGGCUUCCUCGCUCACGUCAGAGGAGUCGACGGAGACGCGGAAGUCGCAUGCAUGCGCAGCAGUGGCCAGAGCGAGCGACAGGGCGAGCGACAGGGCGGUUUGGAACGCAGGUCCACGUUCAGGGGGAGUCACAAGGGAGGCGAGGAGGUCGGCUGCAUGCACAGUGUGUGGGGAGCCCGAGGCGUCGCCGGAGGAGAAUGAAGGGGAACGGUGGGGGGCGAGAGCCUCAGACGGCGACAGACAGGAAGAGGGAGUCCACGGAUGCCUCAACAAGCAUGCGGUUAGAGAGACGGAUGGUGAAAGCAUCCUUCUCUCGCCUAACGAGGCAGCUGAGAGACGGCGAAUCUGCCGGAAGUCGAACCGCCGCACUGGAGGCUCCGGCCUGUCGAAAGCAAAACGUGGAAACGCAACACCCGAGUCAUCGCGUGUAGAGCAGACAGACGUCUGCGGAGCGAGGGAGCAGGACAUGACAACGAAAAGAUUUUUUAAUCGAAGCCAAGAGGGAUAUGGCGAAGGUAAAAGCAAACCACCCUUUCCCUUUUUCUCCGACGCGAAAACAGAUCCAACGCAUAGCGGAUCCACUGUAUCGAAGUUGAUGUUGUUCGAGGGUAUUUCUCGCGAGACAAAAGGCUUUUCGCCAUCUCGACAGGGGCAGUCUGCUCCGAAUUGCGUUUGGGCUCGGCAACCGCCGAGAACUGCCGCCUUGCUCAUUCAGAGACCUUUGUCGCACCCAACGGCUUCCUCUUCAUGUUUGGCUUCUGCGCCCUCCGCCUUCGUCCCUCCAGGAACAGUGGUAGGCCGUCAGCUUCCUGUUCCGCCUCCCUCCCUCUCGGCCGGGGGGGCAGUCUCGCCGUCGACGCGUCCGACGUCGAAGGCAGUCGCACUGCAAACGCCCUUCGCGCGAACCCAGGGGGAUACACGCAUGCGAGGCGCGACCUCUGCGGCUGGUCAGGAGGCGGCAAUGUCUCUUAACGCAUCCAAAACGGACGUCGUCUCCCCCGAACCGUCUGUGCCUCCCGCGUCUUCAAUAGCCGUCUUCUGUGGGUCGAUUGCGCUCGCACCCCAGACACGACGUUCGCAGUCAGAGCCCUGUACAGUUUCUUCCCCUCGCGCCUCUACCGCGUCUGCGACUGCGCAGCCGCCUGGCUGUUUGCCUGCAAGUGAUUCGUCUUUGUCCGCUUCGUCAGCGUCGACCUCGAGGCCGCCUCCAACGCUUUUGCCGGAAGUCACUCGAGGCUCUGACGCGUUUGCGGCUGCGCGCAACGCAGGAGCUGACCGGCAAAAGGAUGCAUGGCCUGCGUGUCAGAGGGGGAGGCGACCGCGACCGGGAACCCAAGACAAGACCGAGGCGGCGAAAGGAACCCUGAGUGUGCGAGAGUGCAGGAAAGCGCAGCAGAGGGAAAGCGACCAAGUCGGUGACAGGACUGAAGCUGGGGACGAAGGCGAAGGUGAUGUAGCGGGAAGUGACGCUCAAGCAAACGGUGAGGCUGAGAAAUGGAUGCGUGAAGGAGGGAACAAGAGGGUGGAAGGGCGCGGAGAUCGGGCACAGGAAACCUGGAAGGAUAACGACGAAUCAGGAGGUGGAUCGUCGCAGGGGAACGACGAUGGCAUGUCAACCGGUAGUCGGGGUAACUUGCCUCUACUGGCCGAUGGUGACGAGGCUCUUGCAGAUGACGCCGGGAGACGAGACAGAAGGCGGACAGCUGCGAAGCUGGCGGGAAGUGUGGCAACAGACCCAGAGGCGGCCAAAGACAUCGGACGAACGCGCGAAGGAAAGUCGAAACGUGAAGAGUUACGAGCGAUGAGGAUCGGAGAGCCGACGCAGACGAAAAACAAGGGUGAGACGGAAGAAGCAGCAGCGACAAGAAGCGAAGCACGUAUCGGACUCUCGAAGGAAAGCAGUGGCGAGGAAGAAGGGUCACGAGAGGCCGCGUCCAGGUACUGGAGCUGUACCUUCAAAUACACCGAGACAAACGCAUGUGCAAAUGGUGCACAAAAUGUAGAAAAGCGAAACUACCAACACAAAAGGGCGAUUCGAACAGGUGCCGACAUGGGACAUCAAGCCAGCCAUCACUGCGCAGGGGAAAAAAAGCAGGGCAAGCAGUCAGAUGCGCUCGCUGAGAAAAUCCGAAACACAGUCGAUCUCACCGCCGGCUGUACAGACCAAAAAGUCGCCAGUAUAAGUGCCAAUUCGGCAGUAUACUACGCUUUGCGCAGCGCCGGAAAAAAUACCUCCCACAACAGACACCCGACUCACGGACAAACAAGACGUCACAGUUACCCAGGAAACUCAGCGCAAUGUUCCAAGGUUCUGACCAGACACAGAGAGUACCCAGCGGCUGGGGGAACGCAUGUAAAUACUUGUGGACGGCGGCAGUGCACAGAUACAACGCCUCUCAGCGUUAUGGGAGCGGAACUCAAGAGAACGAAAUUAGACAUCACACGCACUGAAAACACGACUCUUGAAGAAGCCAACACAGACGCGUUUUUCCAGAUUCGCAGCCGAGUGGACAGCCGCCUCGUGACACCGAGACCGUUCCACAGAGAAGGCGGCAGCCGAAAUGUGGCUGCUUGUUUGUCUGUCACUUUGCCAUACCGUCUGGCUCAAGACUCUCGCUUCGCAUCCGUGCUCGAAUCUCCCGUUCGCGAUGCUUCCACUGGUGGUAGAUUUGCCAUCAGUUUCCCUACGAAUCACUCUGAACGGGAAAAGAGUGUUGAGUCGGUCGGAGGUCAAAUGCCGGAAAGCGGCAAAGUUCCAGCGAAAAGCAGUGCAUCUCUGGCUCCUUCAUUGGGGUCGACGAACCAGCGAACCGACGCCGGGAAGGUGCUGUCGGAAAAGCCAAGCGACGAGUCACGAGGGGUCCCCAACCGCGCCGCUUCUACCGUGUUACGCGUUGCAUCAUCACGAGAACCACGGACACGAGAAGCAGAGGCGGGUGCUAAGAUUCGAAUACAGAACCUGACGCGGGACCAGACGGAGAAGGUGGAAGUUAGAACGACGGAAAGUCACCUGCAUCAAACAAACGCAAGGCCGUUUGUCGUUCGCUGGCAGUCUUGGGGGGAAAUCCACCUCAACAUGAACCUUCCAUUUCCAUCCACGAUUCGCGAAGGGAGAGGUAGAGCGGCAACGAGCUGUGUAGUCGAGUCAGCAAAUGCAGAGAACGCCGAGUGCGUGGUGGGGCGCCUGCGCCAGGGGGGGGUAAAGCCGCUGCAACUCACACGAGAAAGCAAGAUGGACUGCGGAGCGAUGGAAACAGAGGUGGAUGCCCCGUGGUUCUCAAGUGGACGCUGGCAGGGGAAGCGUGAGCAGGAUCGAAGAGAAGAAAAGAGAUCAGCGACUGCUCGAGGGCGCAUGCGGGAGAAUGAAACUCAAGCAACCGCGCAGACAGAGUCAAUCCGCGGUCGCGGUGGUGUGGUGGGUCGACCGUUGAACCAUCGAGUUACGAUUCGACACAUAAACAGCUCAGGGGGAACGGUGUGGAACGACAAUCAAUUGGGUAGGCAGGAGCAAGCGAUACGAGCAAAACUGGAAAAGAAGGUGAAACAUGGAGAGCAGCAAGGAGCCAAUAGAGAGAGGGAAAGGGCUGACUCAAAGGAGAUGCCACAACGAAGCGGUACAGAAACACAAUCUGGCAGGAGUUCGGCACACAGAACCAAAGAAGCAAGGAUCAACAACGGUCGCUCUGAGAAUCCUCUAGCGCAGGCAAAGGAGUUAAAGAAAAGACAAAGAAGCGUCGAAGGCGACGCGAACACCUCGAGAGUCCGUUGCAUCUCGCAGCUUAUUUGA